GAGCUCCGAGGCCAGCAGCUGUCGACUAGAAUUAAGUGAGGGGAUUCAGAUAUGAGCAAGUCCUAUCUUGACCUGGUCAACGAGUGUGAUAGGUUCCCCUAUUGCCACGAUGACCCUGUGUUUUACGAGCAAUAUAUAACCAACUAUCACACAUUCAAAAUCUCUGGCUGCAGUGCGGGACUGGGGUAUAUCCCCAAUUUUGUAGUUGACAAGUUCCCUUGGCCAAAGGAUCUCUGGGAAAUAAACCACGAGACGCGCACAGUGACACUCCUGGCUCCCCAUGAUGCCGCUGCGGAACAACGGACCGACCUUCUUGCUCGCACAUUAGCCGCUGCCGUUAAAGAAGACACUUUUCAGGUCCUCCGAGGCUGGCGCAAUGAGUUAUACCCCAUUUAUGGGCCGGGCAAGAAAUUGCUAGGCAGCAUUGAGCGCUCCGGCAGCAAUCUUUUUGGAAUCCUGACUUAUGGAGUGCAUAUGACGGUCUAUGUGAACGACGAGAAUGGUAUUAGAAUUUGGGUUGCUCGAAGAUCAAAGACAAAGCAAACGUAUCCCGGAAUGUUGGAUAACACCGUUGGCGGGGGGAUCAGCACUGGCGAACAACCAUUCGAAAGUUUGGUCCGCGAGGCCAUAGAGGAAGCUUCCUUGCCCGAAGAUCUAGUCAGGGCCAAUACAAAAGCUGUUGGAUGCGUUACAUAUACAUAUAUACGAGAUGCGCGCGCGGGUGGUGAAACGGGGCUUCUCCAACCGGAAUGUGAAUACGUCUAUGAUUUGGAAGUCGAUUCGAGCGUCGUUCCAAAGCCGUGCGAUACCGAAGUGGAAGGCUUUUACCUGUGGACUGUUGACGAAGUGAAGGCUGCAUUGGCCAAUGGGGAAUUCAAGCCCAACUGCUCUGUUGUGCUUAUAGACUUCUUCAUCAGGCAUAACAUCAUAACACAGGAGAAUGAGAAGGAUUAUCUGGAGAUACAAGCCAGGAUCCAUCGCCGUCAUGAGGUCCCCACCCUUUGACGCGUCUCUUAGAUAACAUCCCUGUUUUUAUUUAUUUAGACAAACACAGUGAUUCCUUAAAGACUUUAGAACCUAACCAGAUAGAACGCCGGCGCUA